ACAGUGAUAGAGGUGGGCAGAGGUGUGACAGAGGGGCUGAGGCAGACAGCCAGUUGGGAAUUCACCAUUUAUUUUCUCUCUCCCUUUAUUUUUUUGUAAUAUAUUCUCAGAAAGGAGAAGGAGACUUUUACUCUUCUGUUUCGUGCGUAAAGAGGUUUUUUUUCCUUUUCCAAUUUCUCCGGAGCCCAACUCUUUCAGCCUAAGCUGUGAAUUGUAGAGGUGGUGGUCUGGGUGGAGUUUUCUUUCCUCUUCGCAUCGGCCCCUGUGGCGCUCGGACCGCUCCUACCAUGAGAAGGGUGUUGGAGACUUGGGUCGCCCUCCUGACAGUUUGCGCGCUGAGCGGAGAUGCCUCUGCGGGAUACGGGUUGAGCAUGUUCGCCGCGCAGUCCUCCCCACCGGACCCGUGCUAUGAUGAGAACGGGAACCCGCGGAGGUGCAUCCCUGACUUUGUAAACUCCGCUUUCGGGAAAGACGUGCGCGUUUCCAGCACCUGUGGCACCCCGGCGGCCCGCUACUGCGUGGUGACCGAGAAGGGAGAGGAGCGCACCCGGGACUGCCACACGUGCGACUCGGCGGACCCUAAGAAGUCUCAUCCACCGGCCUACCUGACGGACCUCAACAACCCGCACAACCUGACCUGCUGGCAGUCUGAGAAUUACGCACAGUACCCGCAGAACGUCACUCUCACCCUGUCGCUUGGGAAAAAGUUCGAGGUCACCUACGUGAGCUUACAGUUCUGCUCACCCAGACCCGAAUCCAUGGCGAUUUACAAAUCCAUGGACUACGGCAAAUCGUGGGUUCCGUUCCAGUUCUAUUCCACGCAAUGCAAGAAGAUGUACAACCGGCAGAACAAAGCGACGAUCACCAAGCAGAACGAGCAAGAGGCGAUCUGCACGGACUCCCACACCGACAUGCACCCUCUGACCGGCGGCCUGAUCGCCUUUAGCACCCUGGACGGCAGACCGUCGGCGCACGACUUCGAUAACUCGCCGGUGCUGCAGGACUGGGUGACUGCCACCGACAUCAAGGUGAUCUUUAGCCGCCUUCACACCUUCGGUGACGAGAACGAGGACGAUUCGGAGCUCGCGCGCGACUCCUACUUCUACGCCGUGUCGGACCUGCAGGUCGGAGGACGGUGCAAGUGUAACGGGCACGCGUCGAAGUGCGUGAAAGACAGAGAGGGGAACCUGGUGUGCGAGUGCAAGCACAACACGGCGGGGCCGGAGUGCGACAGGUGCAAGCCGUUCCACUACGACCGACCGUGGCAGCGCGCCACGGCCAGGGAGGCCAACGAGUGCGUGGCGUGCCACUGCAACCUGCAUGCCCGUCGGUGCCGCUUCAACAUGGAGCUGUACAAGCUGUCCGGCCGCAGGAGUGGCGGGGUCUGUCUCAACUGUCGUCACAACACAGCAGGGCGCCACUGUCACUACUGCAAGGAGGGCUACUACAGGGACAUGACCAAGUCCAUUUCUCACCGCAGAGCUUGCAAAGCAUGCGACUGCCAUCCUGUCGGAGCAGCAGGGAAGACAUGCAACCAGACGACGGGCCAGUGUCCCUGCAAGGAUGGAGUGACGGGGAUCACCUGCAAUCGUUGUGCCAAGGGUUACCAGCAGAGCCGCUCCCCCAUUGCUCCUUGCAUAAAAAUCCCAGUUGCUUCCCCAACAUCUACUUAUAACAGCUAUGAGGAGCCGUCAGAUUGCGAGUCCUAUUGUAAAGCCUCCAAGGGAAAAAUGAAGAUCACCAUGAAGAAGUACUGUAAAAAAGACUUUGCUGUUCAAGUCCACGUUCUUAAAGGAGACAAGGCAGGCGAGUGGUGGAAGUUCACCGUCAACAUCAUCUCUGUCUACAAACAAGGGGGACACCGCAUUCGCCGUGGCGACCAGCUGCUAUGGGUGCGCGCCAAGGACGUGGCCUGCAAGUGUCCCAAGAUCAAACCCGGCCGGAAGUACCUGCUCCUGGGCAGUGACGACGACUCCCCAGGACAGAGCGGUGUAGUUGCCGACAAAGGAAGCCUGCUCAUCCCGUGGAAAGACCUGUGGGGCCGGCGGCUGAGGAAGUUCCAACAGCGCGGGAAGAGGGGAAAGUGCUAAGAAUGGGUCGUGUGUGAGAAGAGGAGGGAAAUCGGUGCAUGGGGCAGCAGAUUGCUGAUGCCUCUGCUGGGAUUACAUGUAGGAGAGAGGAGGGGGUCGAUAAUAGAUGGACUUAAAUAGCUAUAAAUAAAAAGGGACAAAAGUGAAGAGUAGGAGAAAAAAGGAGAUGACCGAGUGCUACUGCUCUGGGCUGGAGUUAAAGAGAAUAAUGUUUUUAGGAACUUUUGUGAAGGAGCUCGUUCUACAGUUGUUUCUGUUUCUGUUUGUUGUCUCUGAGGUGUGUUAUGUUGUGUAUUUGCAGAGUUUGCACCUAAUUCUAAAGACACGACUCAUGCAAAACCUUUUAGCCCAUGAUGUUGCUGUAUAAUAAAGCACCCCGGCUCAGCUGCAAAGCUUCUUUUCCUGGUUCUGCAAGAAACUGUUCGCAGCUACAACACAGCAUCCCAGGACUUUACCCAAACCCAUCCAAAAACGAUUGUUCCUUCAAAUCCGCCAAACUUUGUUGACUUUUACUAACAACUCAGACCUCUUCUAAGCUGCCAUUUCAGAGUGCCAUAUUUCCCAGGAACUUCCUGAUCACCUGUUACCUCAUAAGCUUCUGGGAACUAAACACUUUCCUUUCCCUUUUCCCUUCAAGUCUCUGCUCAUCUCUUUCCUAUAAUUCAGGUGCAUCUCAAUAUAUGGAUGUUUCAUCAAACAUUUUUUCCAUUUAUUUGAGAAUGAAAUAUUGAGGUGUUCAUUUUAUUAUCAUAAUUUACAACCAAAUAAACUCAAAAUUCAGUUCCUCAGAAAAGCAGAAGAUCACAUAAGCCCAAUAAUAUAACAUUUUUGGUUCACAAAUGUUGACCUACUAAGUAAUCUGUCCUUGUAAUAUAAUGUUUGAUAUAUCAACCCAACGCUUACAGGGGCUGAUUUUAAAUUCUUUAUCAAUAUAGCAUAAAAUAGAGCGAAUAAGUUUAUACUUCUGCAAAGAUAUUAAGUAUGGCCCACUAAUCCUCUAGACUCUAGGACCUCAUUUUCUGAUUAAAUUAAAGCUUCCAUCUGAACAGAGAUGAAAAACUUUCAGUUACUGACCAACAGCCCAUUUGAACCAACAGCCUUUAGUUUUUAUAUUGAUUACAGGAAUGGCCUUAGGCAGAAACAUAUAAGACUGAAAAGAUUAAUCAGAUUGAUAAAUUAUUAAAUUAGUUGUGAAAUUCGGUAUUUGAAUCGAAUGGCAUGUUUUAGAGUUGGUGUACUAAUAAAACAACCACUCUAAAACAUCCAUUUGCUAAAAGAAUUAUCGUCUUACGGGGGUGAUUAAGACAUAAUUAGAAAACAUAGAGAUAUUUCCAUUUAAUAUAAAAAAAUCCUAAAUGUGUCCACACAUGUAUACUGUAUUUACUUCGACUUUUUUUUUUUACAUUUUUGCCAUUUACAAUUCAUUUAAAAUAUGCACUAAAGGUUUUUUGUAUUUUUAAAAAUGUUAAUUUACACAAAGUAUAUAUUUUUUAGUUAAUGGAUUAUUAAAAAUUGAAUUAUCGAAAUAAUCGGUAGGUGGAAACCUAGAAAGCUGUGGCAGCUUUAUUAGGAUACAUCUGUGUGUGGUUGGUUGCUAAAGUUUUGAUGUCAGACACAGUGCACAACUUUUGAAUCCCCCCCCCAUCGGCCCUCGAAGUUUGGUGAAGGCUGCUGUUAUUUCUGUAGCUUGCGCUUCAUUUUAUACCACAUUUUUUCCUUCCACUUAACUUUCCAGCAAAGUUCUUGGAGACAGACAUUUCUUAAACACCACCCUCUUCAGCUCUAAUCCUUUGAGACUGUCUCUGCUAACCUGCUGCCCAAGUAGGAGUUCCUAUGAUUCCUUCCUAUAAUAAUUAAAGCCAGAAAAGACGGUUCAUCUUGUGUAAUGUUCUAAUCUUCUGGGAAACUGAAAUCACUUAAUUCAUUGUGUUCCAAAUUGAAAUCUACAAGCAAGUUUCACAUUUUGAAAGGAAAGUAAAGUACCUUUUUCAUAACAUUCAGAUUUAUUGCGAUGCACCUGCAUGAUAAGUUAUGGUUGUGACCUCUGCAAUGUAAAGUAACAAUGUGUGAAUAAGUCUUUGUUUUAUUUUUAUUCGGUUGGGUAGAAGAUGCUGAUUUAUUACAUAGAUAUAGAGUAGAUGUGUCAACGAUGCACUUAUGUUAUUUACUAGUCCGAUAUAUACGAACAUAUUAGAUAUGUUCAGGUUUUAAAGGGUGGCAUCCGAAAGGAGGAAACUCCCAAAUUCCUGUUAAA